AUGGAGUGCGUCUCUCAACAAUGCACACAAUUGCAGUGCGAUGCGUCUCUUCCGGCCUUCCAAUGUUGUCAAGACAGCGAUUGUGGCGAUACCUCACUUGAAUGUGUAAACUUUGAAUGCCAGCUGAGGAGCUGUGACAACAGUGUUGUGGAGUGUUGUGACGACUCUGACUGUUCCAGCGAUUCUAUUUGCUCGGCGAACGUCUGCUUGAAUUUUGGAACUCUGCGCUUUACCCUUAGCUGGAUCGGAGAUGACGAUCUUGAUCUCCAUCUUCUGACUCCAGGAAAAGUUGAAAUUUACUUUUGGUCGCCAAGUGAUUCUGAAAGUGGAGGCCAGAUGGACCAUGACGAUAUUCCGGCACUCGGCGACACAGGGCUACACGUGGAGAACAUAUUCUUCCUCCAAGGUAGCACACCUCCAGCUGGGGAGUACACUUACUGGGCCGAAAACUUCUUCCAACAGGGUGGAGUGGACGACUGGACGCUAGAAGUUUUCCUUGAAGAAGAGCUUGUCAGUAGAAACAGUGGUACAGCAGAGGGCAACAACAUUUCGCCGCAGUUCACGUUCAUCGUACCUGGUACAGCUGCACCAACGACAACUCCAGGUGGAACAGAUGCACCAACGCCAACUCCAGCUGACACCAUGGAGAUGGGUUGCUUUGGUGCUACCUCGGUAUCUGUUGGAUCGAGCACUGCUGGUACAACAAAUGGGGCGCAAACAUUCUCAGUAGAAGCCUGUGGCGACGCUGACUCCUACUCAGCAGCAGCUGGCGUCUGGUUUUCAGUGGAUGGCAAUGGUGGCGCCUGGAAUGUAAGCUUGUGCCACUCAGGUUACGAUACCAUGAUGUCAGUUUGGUCAGGUGAUUGUUCCAGCCUGAGCUGUGUUGCUGGCAACGAUGACAAUAAUAGCUGCGGUUUUCAGUCUGCAGUUUCACUUAAUUCUGUUGUCGGCGUCACCUAUUCGAUUUUUGUGUAUGGAUGGAGUGGUGGCACUGGACCGUACAUCUUGGAUAUUUCGGAGCCCGCACCAACAGCUUCUCCCACAGGAGCUCCAACAGCAAGCCCUACCGAAGCACCAACAGCAAGCCCUACCGAAGCACCAACAGCAAGCCCUACCGAAGCACCAACAACAAGACCUACGGAAAGGUCUGAGAGCCCAUCCAAAGCGCCCAGUUCCACUCCUAGUACAAGUACAUUUCCAACUGCUUGCUCCAUCUCUGAUAAUAUCCAAUGUUGUUCCGAUGCAGACUGUGCGGACAAGCGAAUGGAGUGCGUCUCUCAACAAUGCACACAAUUGCAGUGCGAUGCGUCUCUUCCGGCCUUCCAAUGUUGUCAAGACAGCGAUUGUGGCGAUACCUCACUUGAAUGUGUAAACUUUGACUGCCAGCUGAAGAGCUGUGACAACAGUGUUGUGGAGUGUUGUGAUGAGUCUGACUGUUCCAGCGAUUCUACUUGCUCAGCGAACGUCUGCUUGAAUUUUGGAACUCUGCGCUUUACCCUUAGCUGGAUCGGAGAUGACGAUCUUGAUCUCCAUCUUCUGACUCCAGGAAAAGUUGAAAUUUACUUUUGGUCGCCAAGUGAUUCUGAAAGUGGAGGCCAGAUGGACCAUGACGAUAUUCCGGCACUCGGCGACACAGGGCUACACGUGGAGAACAUAUUCUUCCUCCAAGGUAGCACACCUCCAGCUGGGGAGUACACUUACUGGGCCGAAAACUUCUUCCAACAGGGUGGAGUGGACGACUGGACGCUAGAAGUUUUCCUUGAAGAAGAGCUUGUCAGUAGAAACAGUGGUACAGCAGAGGGCAACAACAUUUCGCCGCAGUUUACAUACAUCAUACCUGGUACAGCUGCACCAACGACAACUCCAGGUGCACCCACUGAGACUCCAACCGAAGCACCCACAGGUACACCCACUGAGACUCCAACAGAAACUCCAACCGAAGCACCCACAGAUACACCCACUGAGAUUCCAACAGAAACGCCAACAGGAGCUCCAACAGAAGUACCAAACGAAGCACCCACGGAAACUCCAACAGGAUCACCCACAGGUACACCCACUGAGACUCCAACCGAAGCACCCACAGGGACUCCCACUGGUGCACCAACAGGAACUCCGACAGGAACACCGACUGGUACACCCACGGACCUUCCAACAGGAGCUCCCACAGGCACACCAACCGGCACACCAACAGGAACUCCAACAGGGACUCCCACUGGUGCACCAACAGGAACUCCGACAGGAACUCCCACUGGUGCACCAACAGGAACUCCGACAGGAACUCCAACCAGUACACCCACGGACCUUCCAACAGGAGCUCCCACAGGCACACCCACCGACAGUCCAACCGAAACUCCAACGGAAGCACCAACAGAGACUCCAACCGAAAUACCAACCCCAUUUUAUAUUUCGCCAACAUAUACCCCACUUUAUUACUACCCAACACCUGUCCCAUAUGACUCCCCAACACCUGUCCCAUAUGACUCUCCAACGCCUGCCCCAGCCCCAGGUGACACCAUGGAAAUAGGUUGCUUAGGUGCUUCCUCGGUAUCUGUUGGAUCAAGCACUUCUGGUACAACAGAUGGGGCGCAAACAUUCUCAAUACAAGCUUGUGGCGAGGCUAAGUCCUACAAUGCAGUUGCUGGGGUCUGGUUUUCAGUGGAUGGCAAUGGUGGCGCCUGGGAUGUGAGCUUGUGCAACUCAGGUUAUGAUACGAUGGUGUCAGUUUGGUCAGGUGAUUGUUCCAGCCUGAGCUGUGUUACUGGCAAUGAUGACUUCUGCGGGCUUCAGUCAACACUUUCAUUUAAUUCUGUUGUCGGUGUUGCCUAUUCAAUCUUUGUGUAUGGAUGGGAUGGUGACACUGGCCCAUACACAUUGGAGAUUUCGGAGCCAACACCUUUCCCAUUCGACUCACCCACACCAGCCCCAAACAACAUUCCUGUGCCCAUGCCUACAGGACGGCGCCGCUUGGAAAAGGGUGACGAAGAGACUGUUCUCGAGUCGGAAUCAAGGCAACUUGCAGAGACAGAACCUCUUGAAAAUGCCGAGGACAUUAUUGAUAUCUUCGUUGAUUGCACCAUUGUUUCAUCGAAGAAGCCUAUGACAGACCCGGAGUUUGGAGAUGAUCAGAAGGGCUGGAAGACAGAUGAUUCCAUUUGUAGCAAGUUGGUGUGGGUGUCCUACAACGCCAAGUUCAAGAACCGUGGAGGCUAUUUCAUUGGGGAACAACACCUUUGGAUGGAUUUGGUGAUUGAAGGACGCUAUCACAUUCUCAAAGAGUUUGUAGAGAAGAACAGGAGCCUGUGGUUAGAAGACCCCGAUCCUAUCCGUGUGGAAGCCUUCAGAAUUCUCUCCGGCAUCAUCCAUGACAAGACCGAACGGGAAAUCACACUUUAUGCGAAGCAGCUUGCAAAGCGCCUGAGCGUCUUAACGUCGUCGGACUCAUAG